GGUACAUGACAAUGACAAUAUGAAGAUGUUGACUUUAAUUGGCUUACUACCAUUGGACCAGUGGUAGGUGGUUUUCACUACUUGAUUGAUGGCACCUUCUCUCAAACCCUAAUUCGCUCCUGAUCAGCAAUCACACCAACAAACUCAGCAGGAGCAGCUAGUUACUUGAAUCCACUGAUGGCUGAUGAUACGACCGACCCAAGUUACUGGUUGAACUGGAGGUUUUUCCUCUGUGCAUUAUGGAUCAUAAUUGCUAUGAUACUAGCAUCAAUCUUAAUAAUCAAAUAUGAAGUUUUCAACAAGAAGAAAACUCAUGAAAAAGACGAUGAGCUUGAUGUGGACCCCGUCGGGAUUUUGUAUGACGAUGAAACCUGGAGGACUUCUUUGAAAGCACUCCAUCCCGCCUGGCUGCUUGUUUACAGAUUAUUUGCAUUUGGUGUGAUGUUGGCAUUACUUAUUGCUAAUGUGAUUAUUGGUGGAGCUGACGUACUAUUCUUUUACACUCAGUGGACAUUUGCUUUGGUCACUUUCUACUUUGGGCUUGCAUCUUCACACUCAAUUUACGGGUGUUACCAAUAUUGGAACGGAAUUAAUGAUGAUAAUAUCAAUAACGCCAUUAUAGACCACGAACGAGGCAUGUACAUGGCUCCCUCUGAAGGCUUGAGCUCCCAAAGCAUGCCCAUUAAUGCACCUAAUCAUGUUUUAACCCGUGUUAGAAAGACUGCUGGUGUAUCGGGAUAUUUCUUUCAAAUAGUCUUUCAGAUAUGCUCAGGUGCUGUUGGACUCACUGAUAGCGUGUUUUGGUUCAUAAUUUAUCCAUUUCUUACUCCUGCAGAGUACAGUUUAAGCUUCUUGGAUGUCACCAUGCAUUCUGUCAAUGCUGUUCUGCUCCUUGUUGAUAUAUUUCUAAAUCGCCUGCGCUUCCCGUUCUUUCGUUUGGCUUAUUUUGGUCUGUGGACAUGCGUAUUUGUCGUUUUCCAGUGGAUCGUUCAUGCAUUUGUAUCGAUGUGGUGGCCAUAUUCUUUCCUUGAUUUAUCAUCUCCAUACGCUCCCAUUUGGUAUUUAGGAGUGGGAUUAAUUCAUCUUCCAGCCUAUGGCAUCUUUGCGCUCAUAGUUAGGGGAAAACAACUUUUAUUGUCGAGACUUCAUGACAUGCAUGGAGCAUGACAUGUUGUACCGGGAUCUCAACCAUAUUAGUUAUAAGAUUAAGGAAUUAGCACGAUCUAAAGGUUAAGAUUCCGUUAUCUUGACAAAUUCAAUUUAACGUUGUUUUAGUGACUUACAUACGAUGCACAACGAUGUUAUUACAGGAGUUGGCAUUGAGGAAAACAGCUGAAUCUCAACGCUGUUAUGUUAAUUAGGAUUUUAAUUGCAUUUCUCAGUUCUGUUGUAUGUAAGAUAAGAAAAUCAUUAGAAAUUUGUAUCAAUGUUAAGUUGUGGAAUUACAACCAAUAUGGUACAUCUGUUUUUCUUGAUUGCAAGGCCAUAUGCUACAAAUAUUUUUAUUUUAAUAUUGUGAUUACAAAAGACU